ACUGUUCAUAAUAAAACCAGCAAACAUUUACCAAGCAUUUACUUUGUGCACUGAGUACAAAUAUGAUCUUUAUCAUUUCAUAUGCACAAUAAUCUCAGGUACUCCAUCCCUGUUUUGCAGAUGAGGAAAUAGAGGCACAGGAAGAUACUUUAUUUCAUCUGUAAAACCUUUCCAUGAUACUUCUGUGAGGAGCAAAUACGUCCUAGAGCUUUGUCAUAAAUAAAGCUUAGUGUAAACGUUUCACUCUUGCCUGCUUUAUAACAAGACUCAAUGAAUGUUUUUUGAGGGGUGAAUAAAUAAAUGUUAUUACCUAGUGCAUCAUGUUUUCUAUAGGUAGAAUCCCCAGAACAAUGUAAGGUGUAAAUACACGAAGCACUGUGUCUGUAAGUCAGUAGUCACCCCCACCAAUAUAUUCUUGUUUCUUUCUUUUUUCCUUCCCCUUUCCUCUGGAUUCCAGAAUCAAGAUGAUUGUCUGAUUGAAUAUCUUUAAAAGGUCGUGAUGAAUUAUUCUGUAAUAUUUGAAACGUUAUACUCAGAAAGGUCAUGCUUUAUUUUUUGGUAAGAAGUACCACAUAGAUUUGUUUCUCCUGGGCACCGUUUCUUUCUUCAAAGAAAAGAUGGCAAGAGAUUUAGAGCAGGGUGCCCUCUUGAGGAAGUUUUAGCACCUUACUUCUCAAAAGCUGGCACUGGAUGACAUGAGAAAGCCCGAUGAAUGAUGCUCAAAUAAACAUUAAAAAGGAAGAGUAACCAAAUACCAGACAUCUGAGAAUUAAGAUUCUUAACUGUUAAUGAUCUAAUAUAGCAACAUUAAGAAUCUGUAAACAAAAAGAGAAACCUCUGGAAGGUAUUUUUUUAUUUAAUUAAUUAAUUUUUUAAUUUACAUCCAAGUUAGUUAGCAUAUAGUGCAAUAAUGAUUUCAGCAGUAGAUUCCAGUGAUUCAUCACCUAGGUAUAACACCCAGUACUCAUCCCAACAAGUGUCUUCCUUAAUGGCCCUCACCAUUUAGCCCAUCCCCCCACCCACUUUAUUUCCUCUCAUUUACUCAGUCCUUCAAGUAAUCACCUAUGUUGUGCCAGCAGCUAGCCAAGCACCGUGCCCAGUAAAACACAGUCUCUGCCUUCAUGAAGCUUACAGCUCGUGAAGGAGAUCACAGGGAAGGGAAAUAAACAAAUGUAAGUAACUACAAACUUAGCAAAGUACUAUGAAGGAAAUGGAAAGGUACUAGAAUGAAGCACAACAAAAUAAGUUCCAUUAGGGUGGUCAAGGAAAGCCUCUCUGAGAGGAAAUAAUUGAGCUGAGUCACUUUGCUUUUUGGUCCAUUCCAAGUCUGCCCAUCUAAUAUAGACAGCCUGAUGGACACUUUUUUAGCCUCUGAUUCUUAUCUGUGGCCCAGCCCUUGAGCUGACUUGACUCCUAUCUCUGUCCCUGUGGGUAUGAGCAGGGAACCAUCAUCCUUCUGCACCUCAUUGUCUCCCUAGCUGGUCCCUUUGCCUUAGAGCCUCACAUUCAUCACAGUGGGGGGAGGGGCUGCUUAACUCAUAAAUAUUUUCUUACUAAUACUCAUAGCCACUCACGGUAGAAUAUCAAUACAUUAUAAUGCUAAAAAAAACCACAUUUCCAACAAUAUUAAGGAUGUAGAGGAUCUCAGAAGAUGAAAAGGACAGAUAACCCUGACUGCCAUUCUGCUUUGAAUAGGGAGAGAGAAACAGGCAUGAAGCAGGCAGAGAACUUGACUAUGUCGUACAGUUGCAUUAUAUUGACUUUCAAAUAUCUGUGGUACCAAGCAAACUGAAGGCUCCAACCAGAAUUGGAAAUAUGGAACUAUAUCUCAGGAAGGAGCUCCAAAGAACAAUUUUUUGAGGGUUUUGUUUGGUUUCAAAGCUACCAUAUUACACACACACACGGUUGACCUGGAUCCCCACCAGUUGAUUGCUCUAGCCCCUGUAGCUAAGCUGCUUUCUCUGAAUGGGUUGAUUCUACCAGAUUGGAGGGUUUAACUGCUAUGGAGAGUACUGCCUGCAAGUGGAUGGCCUCCAGUGACUUCUAGGGAAAUUAUCGUUUCAUGAAACUCUUACUUACACGCAGAGCAAACUGGAUGCAAAAGGAUCUGGAAGAGAUGACCCCUUUGCACUUGACCACUCGGCACAAGAGCCCCAAGUGUUUGGCGCUUCUGCUGAAGUUUAUGGCACCAGGAGAAGUGGAUACCCAGGAUAAAAACAAGCAAACGGCUCUACAUUGGAGUGCCUAUUACAAUAACCCGGAGCACGUGAAGCUGCUCAUCAAGCACGAUUCCAACAUCGGGAUCCCUGACGUCGAAGGCAAGAUCCCACUUCACUGGGCAGCUAACCACAAAGAUCCCAGUGCUGUUCAUACGGUGCGAUGCAUCCUGGACGCUGCUCCCACGGAGUCCUUACUGAACUGGCAAGACUACGAGGGUCGGACACCUCUUCACUUUGCGGUCGCUGAUGGGAAUGUGACAGUGGUUGAUGUCUUGACCUCAUAUGAAAGCUGCAAUAUAACGUCUUACGACAACUUAUUUCGAACCCCACUUCACUGGGCAGCUUUGCUAGGCCAUGCACAGAUUGUCCAUCUCCUUUUAGAAAGAAAUAAAUCUGGAACCAUCCCAUCCGACAGCCAAGGAGCAACACCCUUGCACUACGCAGCUCAGAGUAACUUUGCCGAAACAGUUAAAGUAUUUUUAAAACAUCCUUCAGUGAAAGAUGAUUCAGACCUGGAAGGAAGAACAUCCUUUAUGUGGGCUGCUGGAAAAGGCAGUGAUGAUGUCCUUAGGACUAUGCUGAGUUUAAAAUCUGACAUUGAUAUUAACAUGGCAGACAAAUACGGAGGUACAGCAUUACAUGCCGCGGCCCUUUCUGGCCAUGUCAGCACCGUGAAGUUAUUGUUGGAAAAUAACGCUCAAGUAGAUGCCACUGAUGUCAUGAAGCACACUCCACUUUUCCGAGCCUGUGAGAUGGGACACAAAGAUGUGAUCCAGACACUUAUUAAAGGUGGAGCAAGGGUAGAUCUAGUGGAUCAAGAUGGACACUCUCUCCUACAUUGGGCAGCACUGGGAGGAAAUGCUGAUGUUUGCCAGAUCUUGAUAGAAAAUAAGAUCAAUCCAAAUGUGCAAGAUUACGCGGGAAGAACCCCUCUGCAGUGCGCUGCCUAUGGAGGCUACAUCAACUGCAUGGCAGUGCUCAUGGAAAACAAUGCAGACCCUAACAUUCAAGACAAAGAGGGAAGAACAGCUUUGCACUGGUCCUGUAACAACGGAUAUCUUGAUGCCAUUAAAUUACUGUUAGACUUUGCUGCUUUUCCUAAUCAGAUGGAAAAUAAUGAAGAAAGGUACACUCCCCUUGACUAUGCCUUGCUCGGUGAGCGCCAUGAAGUGAUCCAGUUCAUGUUGGAGCACGGCGCCCUGUCCAUCGCAGCCAUACAAGACAUCGCUGCCUUCAAAAUCCAGGCGGUCUACAAAGGGUACAAGGUCAGAAAAGCUUUUCGAGAUCGGAAAAAUCUCCUCAUGAAGCACGAACAGUUGAGAAAAGAUGCUGCUGCCAAGAAGCGAGAGGAAGAAAACAAACGAAGAGAGGCAGAACAGCAGAAGGGAAGGCUGAGCCCAGAUUCCUGCAGAUCCCAAGCCCCUCCCUGUGUGCCCAGCACCCAGGCUGAGCCCCACAGGCAGAGCUGGACCCCCAGCAAACAGCAUCCCACCAGCAGCGCAGCCCAGGACCCUGAGGGGAGAGCCUGUCGAGGAUCUCCAGGCAGAGCCCCCCAGAGGGAGGCUGGGAACAGCCCCCCAGAUGUGCAGGGAACAGACCCCAGAAAGCCAAAUGAAUCAUCCAGAGAACACUCUAAAGGCCGAUCUGCCUGUGUCCACUUCAGCCCCAGUAAAGGCAAUGAUGGAAACAGGCAUCCGGGAGUCUCCUCUGUUGAGAAGUCCGGAGGUGAGACAGUUGGUGAGCGGCGGUGUGACAAGGGGAAAGGCUUCUUGAAGCAGCCCUCCUGUAUCAGGGCGGCUGGGCCUGAUGAGGAAGGAGAGGACCCCGGUUGGGCAGCUGCAAGCCUUCCACAGCAGGAUGGCCACUGGAAGCCUGGCAGGCGGCAGGACCCAGCACCCAAGGCCAGGUGUGCUUCCCAGAAAAGGCGCAUUCAAGAGCUCAGAGGAGGAAGGGGCUCCCCGGCUGGUUCUAGCCGGCCUGGCAGUGCCAAGGGGGAGGUGGUCCACGCUGGGCAGCAUCCUCUCCACCAUCGGACACCAAGAAACAAAGUGACACAGGACAAGCUCGCAGGAGGGAUCUACUCAGAUUUGCCACAGAGCACAGAGGUGUUGAGGUCAGGAGUCAGGAAGCUGGGAACAUCUGCCCUGUCUGAGGACACCCAGCUAUCCAAGGAGACUGAUCCAGCACCUGGUCCCCUCUCUGGGCAGAGUGUCAGUAUUGACCUUCUCCCCGUAGAACUGCGGCUGCAGAUAAUCCAGAGAGAAAGGAGCAGGAAAGAGCUGUUUCGCAAGAAGAACAAGGCGGCCGCGGUCAUCCAGCGGGCCUGGAGAAGCUACCAGCUUAGGAAGCACCUGUCCCACCUUCUGCACAUGAAGCAGCUUGGAACCAGAGAUGUGGACAGAUGGAACCAAGAGUGCCUGGCAUUGCUGCUCCAAGUUUGGAGGAAAGAACUGGAACUAACCCCCCCAAAGACCACUGCAGUAAGCAGGACCACGAAGAGUUCAUCCAAGGGCAGCUCAGGCACAAAGUCCACCAGACACUUAGUACUCAAGCAAAUCUACGGUUGUUCUCAAGAAGGGAAAGUUCCUCAUCCCACAAGAUCUUCCAAAGCCCAUCCUGUGCUGCAUCUCAAUUCAGUGAGCAACUUGCAGUGUAUACACCUCCUUGAGAAUAGUGGAAGAUCAAAGAAUUUUUCUUAUAACCUGCAAUCAGCUACUCAAUCAAAAACCAAAACAAAGCUUCGACCACCUGUGGAGGAAGACCGUGUCCGGGGGAGCUGGAAUAGCUAGUGCAGAGUUCUGAUUCUCUGCUGAUUAACUUUUCCAUCUUGAGAAAACUUUAAUAUUCAUGCCUCAAGCCUUAUUAGCCUGAAAACAUGGUAACAACUGAAUGACAAUGUCAGGAUGUUUUCUUUCUGCUCUUAUACAGCACUGUUAGCCUGUGCUACAACCACCACAGUAGACUAUACCCGUGCAAAACUUACUAGCUGUCUGCCCUCGCUUCAGUCAGUACAGCUAUAAAGUAGAACACAUAAUUAACAGUAACGUCUAAGCCAAACUAAGAACAUGAGCACUAACAUGAGAUUUCUGCCAGCCAGCUGAUGCAAGCCUGGUUUUUUGGCUCCAGGGAAGAACCUACAUGAGAGGGGGAAGAGCCUGUCCUAUAGCAGCCAUUUUUAUCAGUUGGACCAGACCAUUCAUGCAUAACCUACCAAUUCACUUGUAUUUUCUGCCUGACCUAUAGGUGAGCAAGCUUGUCAAAAUGCCAUUCCUAUUGGCAGGGAAAACUGCUAAACCUACAUACAUUCAAGCUAUAAGAACACCUGGCAUACAUAAAUUUCAGUGGUUACAGGCUUUUUCACAUUUUGUUAAAAGUUUUAUUUAUAUUUGGGGUGCCUGGGUGGCUCAGCCGAUUAAGCGUCCAACCUCAGCUCAGGUCAUGAACUCAUGGUUCAUGGGUUCAAGCCCCCUGUUCUGACAGCUCAGAGCCUGGAGCCUGCUUUGGAUUCUGUGUCUCCCUCUCUCUGUUCCUCCCCUUUGGAUUCUCUCUCUUCUCAAAAAUAAGAUUAUUUUUGAGAGAGAGCGUAAGCAGGGAAAGGGGUAGGAGUGGAGUGGGAGGAAGGGACAGAGGAUUGGAAGCAGGCUCUGCGCAGACAGCAAGCUUGAUUCGGGGCUGAACCUCACAAGCUCCAAGAUCAUGACCUUAGCCGAAGUCGGAUACUCAACCAACUGAGCCAGCCAAGUGCCCCAGUUUUUUCACAUUUUUAAGAGCAAAGUUACCAUAGGAAUGUAGACAGAAGGCAUAAACAGUGGCAUGUUAGGCCCAAAUAUUUGUAGUAGGAGCAUUUCAAUUUUCUUAAGAUUAUUGCCACCCCUGUCCUGACAGGUAGAGAUAAGCAGCAAUAAAGUGUUACCUUGAUUUUUGUUACAAUUUGCUAAUUAUUUCAUAAUUAUGAAAAUAGUUAAUCCUUGAACAACCAGGUUUGUGUGGGUCCUCUUAACAUGGAUUUUUUUUCCAAUAAAUGUAUAUAGUAUCAAUAACUAUAGCCAUGGUACUGCAA